AUGGAACUAGAAACCACCACCACAACCAUCAUGACCGCUCUGGCCACCCUCACACCUCCCCAACUCUCCGAUCUCACCCACACCCUCCUCUCCCUCUCCCACCACCACCGCCGCCGCAUCUCAUCUCUCCUCUCCUCUCCCAUCCUAUUCACACUCACCAUCCGCCGCCUCAACUCGCUCUCCCUCCACCACAAGACCAUCCUCAUCUCCCGCCACGUCAUCUCCUCCCUCCACCCUCUCGUCCUCCACUUCCAGCCCGCCGCCAACACCCCAAAGCCACGUGUCAAGCUGAGAGACCUCGACGCAGUCCUUCUCCUGCUCCUGCUCUGCGAGGCCCACCAGCACGACCCUGACGCCCUCCAAGCCCCAGUUACAAAAUGGCGGGAAGUAGUCGGAAAGUUCUACUGCGACAGCAUGCUAACGGUUUCCGGCAUCGGAGACCACAACGCGUCGGUGUUGGUUUCUUACGUGGAAAUGCUGACGAGGUGUCUGAGGUUCGUUAGUAGUAGUUUUGGCGGGAAGGCUGGGAGGGAAGUGGCGGCGUCGAAAGCGGUGGUGGUGGCUCUACCGUCGGUGGAGGUGAAAAGCGGUGGGACAAAGGAGUGCGUGAUAUGUAAGGAGGAGAUGGCGGAGAACAGAGAUGUGUGCGAGCUGCCGUGCCGGCAUUUGUUUCAUUGGGUGUGUAUUUUGCGGUGGCUGAGCAAGAGGAACACGUGUCCAUGCUGCCGGUUCGGGCUUCCGACCGAUGACGUCUACGGGGAGAUCCAGCGGCUGUGGGAGGUUUUGGUUAGUGUGAGUUCCGACAAGGGUUUAGUUUAGGUUACUCCGGUCAUGUUUAGAAAGUCUGGAGUCAGGCGAACGUGAUCAGAAAAUUUCUGUACGUACGUCUAUUACAUAUUGUACGAGUAUUAGAGAUCGAAUUAGUGCCUUCAACAACACACAUUA